AUGGAAUGCUCUUUUGUCAAAGAGCAAGCUCUUGGUGAUAUAGAAGAAUACAAGAUAGUCGUGUUCCAGGUAGAAGGUCUCACGUGUCAUGAAGAAAAUGAUGAGAUAAUAGGGUGCAAAACUAGGAUGGCUGCUAUAUUGUCGCUUGUGAAUUCGAAAUACAAUGAAAGUGCACAUACUUGUAAAGCUAGGCUUUUAGAACUUAGAAAUUCUAGAGAAAACAUCGCCCUCAAAUGGAUUCAGAGCCAUUAUGGCAUUUUUGGUAAUGAGCAGGCUGAUAGACUUGCUAAAUCUGGAUCUCUAAUGAUUCAGCCUGAUUCCUCUCUGCCUUUGCGUAACAUUAAAAGGAUUAUAAACAAUAAAA